CAUAUAUAGAUCUAUAUCCUAAAAAAAGGAUAGAGAAGAUUCAAGCAAGACCAAAGAUAAAACCGAAGAUAAAGAAAAAGUUCUAAGAAGCUUGCAAAUAAGAGAAAGAUUUUUUUAAAAAAGCGCCAACCACUGGGGAUUAUCUGGAAAAAGAGGGAAUAAUUAAUUUUUGUUCAUUCAAACUGACAUAUAGUGUGAAAAGGCAGGCGUCAAAAUGAGCACAAUAAGUGACAACCAGUGUACAUCUGUAAGAGAUUUCUACAAGGACAGAUCUAUCUUCAUCACCGGUGGUACCGGAUUUAUGGGAAAAGUUCUUGUUGAGAAGUUACUCAGAUCUUGUCCUGGAAUAAAGAACAUUUAUAUUCUGAUGAGACCUAAGAAGAGUCAGGAUAUUCAACAGAGGUUGCAGAAAUUGUUAGAUGUGCCGCUGUUCGAUAAAUUGCGUCGAAACGCUCCUGAUGAACUUUUGAAGAUAAUCCCCAUAGCUGGAGACGUGACAGAGCAUGAGCUGGGCAUCUCGGAAGCUGAUCAAAAUGUUAUAAUAAGAGACGUGUCGAUCGUUUUUCAUUCUGCUGCCACUGUGAAAUUCGACGAACCGUUGAAGCGUUCGGUUCACAUCAAUAUGAUCGGCACUAAACAAUUGUUAAACUUAUGUCAUCGCAUGCACAAUUUAGAGGCUCUGAUCCAUGUUUCCACGGCAUAUUGUAAUUGUGACCGCUACGAUGUCGCUGAGGAGAUUUACCCUGUAUCGGCGGAACCAGAAGAAAUAAUGGCUUUAACGAAAUUAAUGGAUAGCCAAAUGAUCGAUAAUAUUACACCGACUUUGAUCGGUAAUCGGCCGAAUACCUAUACGUUUACCAAAGCUCUGACUGAAAGAAUGUUGCAAUCCGAAUGUGGUCAUUUGCCGAUUGCAAUUGUAAGACCCUCUAUCGUCCUUUCUUCGUUUAGAGAACCAGUAUCUGGAUGGGUGGACAAUUUAAAUGGACCAACUGGAAUUGUUGCCGCUGCUGGCAAAGGUUUCUUCAGAUCUAUGUUGUGUCAGAAAAAUAUGGUGGCAGAUUUAGUGCCAGUCGACAUAGUGAUAAACUUGAUGAUUUGCACGGCAUGGAGGACUGCGACAAAUCGCACGAAAACAAUUCCCAUAUAUCAUUGUUGUACAGGCCAACAGAACCCAAUCACCUGGCAGCAGUUCGUUGAACUGAUAUUAAAAUAUAAUCGAAUGCACCCACCGAAUGACACAAUUUGGUGGCCGGAUGGCAAGUGUCAUACAUUCGCUAUAGUGAACAAUGUAUGUAAGCUCUUCCAGCAUAUUUUACCGGCGCAUAUUUUGGACUUCAUUUUUCGACUGAGAGGCAAACCAGCCAUUAUGGUCGGUCUACAUGAGAAAAUCGAUAAGGCUGUUAAAUGCUUAGAGUACUUUACUAUGCAACAAUGGAACUUCAGAGAUGACAAUGUUCGACAAUUGAGCGGAGAACUUAGUCCAGAAGAUCGACAAAUUUUUAUGUUCGAUGUCAAACAAAUUGAUUGGCCAUCGUAUUUGGAACAAUACAUAUUGGGAAUUCGGCAGUUCAUUAUUAAGGACAGUCCGGAGACACUGCCAGCUGCUCGUUCACAUAUUAAAAAAUUAUAUUGGAUUCAAAAAGUUGUAGAAUUCGGGAUGAUAUUAGUGGUGCUGCGUUUUUUGUUGUUGCGCAUACCUAUGGCCCAAAGCGCAUGUUUUACACUAUUGUCUGCCAUAUUACGCAUGUGUCGUAUGAUUGUUUGACGGCUCAGAAUGCCGAUUGAAAAUCGCGAAAAGCGUUAUAAGAAACAACUAAUCGUAAAGAAGCAUAAUUUAAUGGUGCAGGUUAUCCUUCAAUUUCAUUGCUCAUCAUCCCAUCGGUUGGCCUUUUCGAUGUUUCUAUUUGUUCAUAACUAAAUUAGCGUUCGCUAGAGAUAUUAAAUUUCGCGGAGAGUGUCAGUUAUGAAGCAAGUUCAAAAAGGACAUAAAUAAUGAAAUAAAAAGAAAAAAAAAGAAAAAAAAAAGACAAAAAAAAAGAAAAGAAAAGAAAGGAAAACGUGCAUUCGAAGCUUCCAAAGUUACCACGUGUAAAAGUCAUUUUGUUAUAUUACUUGAAAAUUAACGAAAAAGGUAUAAUCCUUUUGGAUACGUUGUUUUAUUCAAGCAACAGAAAUGCAGAAAAGAAAGUUCAGACAUUUACGACCAUACGUUUAUUGUGGAUAUAUUUCAUUGUCAUUAUAAUCGUGUUUUUCGAUGUUGCCUCAAAAGAGCACUUUGUUCUUGAACAUCGAUUUUUCGCAUAUCGAUUUGUAAUGACAUGACACUAGAAGUAUUCGAACAGAUUAUUAAAAAUCCUGAUGCAGUUAUCUUCCAGAUUUAUCUAUUAAUUGAUUCUGAAGAAACAGACUAAAAAGAGAUUAGUGAUUAAAUAAUAGACUAAAAAAAUAGUCGAGGAGAUACAAAAGCGAGACAGCUAUAUAUAUAUUUAAGUAUGCGCAUUGUGUAUAUAUAUUACACAUAUAUUAACAUUUUUUGCUAAAAUAAACAAUUACUAUAUUGCUAAUAGAAGUGAAAUAAGUUGGAAGAUGACUGUACAUAUUUUGUGUCUCAGUCUGUUAUUUUUCACGGUAAUCAUCGCGUAUAGUGCGAUUUGAGAUCAACGACGCGUGAACUCCGUGAGCCGGCAACUUGAACUAAUUGAAAUUUAUCGAUUAAAAUUAAUCGAUAUUUAUUAUAAAACCUUGUAAUUUAUUGAUAUUUUGUUAAAUGUGUUCUCUUUCUUAAAUUUUUUUUCUUAUUCUCGAUGGUCGAGAAAAAAAAAAGUAUUUAAAAAAAUUAUUAUUUAUUUAUGUUUAGAUUUUUAAUGAAAAUAAUUGUGUUUAAUGUGCUUUUUUAUUCAUUGACCUUGAAAUUUUCAUAAUUUUUUUAAUUAGCAAGGUUUUAUCGUGUAUUCCAUUUUCGAGGAAAUAAAUCUUGAUCAUUUUUUUCUUUUUUUCUUUUUUCUUUCUUUCUUUCUUUUUUUUUUUUCUGUUAAAAAGAAGAAGAAGAAAAAAUAAAAAGGAAAAAGAAAAAAAGAAGUUUUAAAGUUAAUCGUAGGUAGUAAAUCAAAGCGAUAGAUUAUUAAUUAUACGAAUGUGUAUUUUAUAACAUUGCCAAACGAUUUUAACGCACGCUAAAUUUCUUCCUUUUUCAUCAUUUUUACAAUAUUUAGAAAUAAUAAACAAUUUCUUCGUGUAAAAGAUCGUUUAACCUUUUCAGAAAUAAAAUUUUUUUUUAAAUAUCUAGCUACUUCUUCAAGUAGACUUUUUCACAAUUUCAUGUAAUAAAUUAUACGAUACAAUACCAUAUGUGUAGUAUAAAAUCAGAAAGGGUUAAACAUCUAGUUAGCAUCGAAUCCUUUCGAGUCUGCGUAAUAUCAAUCUUUCUUCUCAAAUUACUAUUUAAAUUUUACUUUUGUUAAUAAAGAAGGGAAACGUAGACUCGAAAUGAUUGAUUAGAAAAAAAAAAAAAUUUUUUAACGCCGGCUAGAGGAGUUGUAAAUUCGUCGUGCCUUUGUGUCGUUGCCAUUUGGCAUUUUGUUCGUUCAUUUGUACUGUGACAUAAGAUAUUAUAGACGUAUAUUUAGUCACAUUCUUACGUCGAUGCAUGCUCGAUUAUAUCAUCCUCAUUUGGUUUCACCAUCAACGAACCAAGUUACUGUUUCUAAACAACAUCAAAUGUUCGAUUGAUAAAGUGUAAUUAUAAUUUCUGUAUGAAAGAUAAUCUUUUGUAUGCGUUACAUUGUUGUUAUUAUUUUGUUUGAAAAAUUAUUUGUAAAAAAGAAAAAAAUGGAUGUAGGCACGGAUGAAGGGAUGCGUUAUAACUUUGUUUAAUGUAUUUAAAUUUACUCGAUUUUAUCGUGUACACUUUUAAUUAAACAAUUAGAUGAAUUGUUUGGAUACAUUCCAAUAUCCUCUUAAUUUAAUGAUCUUUGUUUCCUAAUUAAGACAUGUUAUUUAUAAUUUUGAUGUAAGAAACAUAUGAAUCAUUAAAUUUUAACUUAAUAAUAAAUAUAAAAUGCAAAACUAGAUUUUGUAUAAAAAAUUUGUUUCGUUUUUGGUGAAAUUGAAGACAUAGGAGGACAUUGACGAGUGCCAAGACAUCCAGCUUGUUAUAAUUAGCACAAAUGUGGUGCGUUUACUGCUAAAUCAUUGUAAUGGAGAAAAAUAUCAGAACAACAUAUAACUAUCUAUUAUAUUCAUUCGUGUCCAAGUAUGGAUGCUUAUAAAUCGAAAAUUCCAAUAUGGAAAUCGAUUCCAUGAAACACAUAAUAUCACACACUGCUUUUUAAAUUUGCUACCGGUAGGCAUGACAUAUUAAUAUAAAUUUUAAUCACCAAAGUACCAAGCAUUUAUUUUUAAAAGAA